AUGAAAGAAGUGGAAAAAACUACCACUGCAGUGGCGACCUCGAUUGAUAACCCAACCCUCCCUCAAUCAGAUGAGCAGGUCAAGCAGCCAACGGAAACCACGAUGGGAAUAGCAGAGGAAGCACAACAGCCGCCAGUAGCUGCACAAAACGCUCAGUCCUGGGCAACUGUUGUAGCAGGAACAAAUUUGCAACAAAGGAUCAGUAGUGGUCUAGGUACACCUAUCUAUGCGGAUGACUGUACCACCAAUAUCACUAGGAUCUCAUUUGCAAGAGUUCUUAUUGAAAUGGAUAUAACGAAGCCUUUACCUAAAAGCAUGCCAGUACAAACCCUUAUGGGUGAAGUGAUUGAACAGGAGAUUGCAUACGAUUGGGAACCUCAAUACUAUGAGAAAUGUCUAAAAAUUGGUCACAACUGCCUUGACAAGCCUAUGCCAACACCACAUGGCCUAUCCCAACCUCAACCCGACCCACCACCUAAACCAAACCCCAAAACUCAUCAAAGACACUAUCAGAGGGAUCAAAAGCAGUAUCAACAAUGGAGAAAUAAGGGGAAUGAACAACAAAUGGUGAGAAAGCCUGUCCCCCAAAGGCAGACUACAAAUCAGGAUGGCUGGAUAGAGGUGAAUACUAAGGCGUGUACUGCUAAGUCACCAACAUCAGGGGUAGGAGAUGAAAGAAAAGUUUCCAUUGGGAAUGGUUUCAACAUACUACAGCAGAAGGAUAACCAGCCAGAGAUGGGUCAAAGUAGCAAAGAAGCAGGUGACUAUGAGCACAGGACACAGGACAAUAGGGCUGGUACUACUAUAAACAAAAUUACACCAGGAUGGGACUGGAUCACAAAUACUACUACCAUAUGUAGGAGCAGAAUCUGGCUGAUAUGGGACCCGAGAUUAGUGGUGGUUACUGAAGUUACUAGAAAUCCACAAGCAUUAAUGAUGGAUGUUAGAGUGGCAUUGUGGGAUCAUCUAAGAGACCAGGACAAUAGAACAAAUAGGCCAUGGCUUCUAAUGGGUUAUUACAAUGCUAUUUUGGAGGUAGAUGAUAGAGUGUUGGGAUUCGCUAUUCCAUAUAAUGAAAUAAGGGAUUUUAGGGAGUUCCUAGAGGAUAUCACCGAGGCAGAGAUUUUGGGAAGAGACUACACAUGGACAAACACCCAUGUUUACAGUAGAAUAGAUAGAGCCUUAGUGAAUUCUUAA